AACGAUUUGCUCAUCCCUCCUCUCCUGUAAGGAGCCGCGCGUGCGCGGGGACGGAUCGGGAGAGGCUCAGUCCUCCGCACGCAGGCUUAUCUCUGGGGUCUGAUGGCGCCUGCCUGUGCUAAUAACUCCGCGGUUGGGCUAAUUAUCCUGGCUCGGAAAAGUUUGGGAGCUUGGCUGCGGGGUUGCGGCACUCGGAGGAGCCCUCGGCUCGGCACGUGCCGGCAGCGGUGGAAGAUGGCCGCCUUCAAACGGAGCCGAGCGCAAGCCUGGCCGGAGGAACGGGGCGACCGGGAGCACGGGCUGUACAGCCUGCACCGUAUGUUCGACAUCGUGGGCACCCACCUGACCCACCGGGACGUGCGGGUGCUCUCCUUCCUCUUCGUGGACGUGAUCGACGAUUACGAGAGGGGGAUGAUCCGCAGCGGCAGGGACUUCUUGCUGGCGCUGGAGCGGCAGGGCCGCUGCGACGAGACCAACUUCCGACAAGUGCUGCAGUUGCUGCGGAUCAUCACUCGUCACGACCUGCUGCCCUACGUCACCCUCAAGCGGCGACGGGCCGUGUGUCCGGACCUGGUGGACAAGUACCUGGAGGAGACGUCCAUUCGCUACGUGACGCCCCGAGCUCACAGUGAGGCAGAGCACGGGCUCGGCCACCCCCAUAAAUCAGUGCCUCCCCACCACCCCGUGGUCUGCUGCUCCCCCGCGGGACCCCAAAUAUGUACCAAGAGGCCCGGCCGCGGCAGGACCCCCCUCAGCAGCCAGCGCAAGAGGAGGAAGUCGGCGACGCCGGACCCCAAGGAGAAGCAGACCUGUGACAUCCGCCUGCGAGUCCGAGCCGAGUACUGCCAGCACGAGACGGCGCUUCAGGGCAACGUCUUCUCCAACAAGCAGGACCCCUUGGAGCGUCAGUUCGAGCGCUUCAACCAGGCCAACACCAUCCUGAAGUCCCGGGACCUGGGCUCCAUCAUCUGUGACAUAAAAUUCUCAGAGCUCACCUACCUCGACGCGUUCUGGCGCGAUUACAUCAACGGCUCUUUGCUGGAAGCCCUCAAGGGCGUCUUCAUCACGGACUCGCUCAAACAAGCCGUGGGCCACGAAGCCAUCAAACUGCUGGUCAAUGUGGACGAGGAGGAUUACGAGGUCGGGCGGCAGAAACUCCUGAGGAACUUGAUGCUGCAGUCGGCUCCCUGACGCCCGGUGGCUGCUCGGUGGGAUCCAUGCUUUUUCCUUUUUUUUUUUUUUUCUUUCUUUUUUUUUUUUCUAAAAGAAAAGGAAAAGAUGAUUGAAACCCCCGCCCGGUACUGUGCAACUCUGGGUUCGGAGCAGGGCUGGAGCCACGGGGGGAGCGCCGGAGGCUGACGUGUUUCCUCACCCCUUCCCUCUCCUGUCACCUCUGUCACCUCCUCUCGCUUUGUUUUCCUUUUUUUUUUUUUUUCCCCCUCUUUUAUUUUGUAUCCAUUAAAAACAAAAAAAGGCGAAAAUCCUGCCUGGGGCACGUCAGUGGCGGGGCUGGGCGAGCUGCGAGUGACGGCGGGGUGGGGGGGGGUUGGCAAAGCUUCGUACCGGGGUGGGUCCCUGUGGUGCCUGUGUGGGGUCUGGGGGUGGCUGUGUCCCCCCCCGCCCUUGUGUCACCGUCCUGGGGGGCUCCAUGUGCCGGGGGAUGCUUCGUGUCCCCCCCCUCCCCGUUUCUCCCUCAAAUACCCCCCCCCCGUCGCCUCAGUGGGUUUCUCAGGAGUAAAACUGUCCCCGCGGCGUCCCCGGACCAUGUGCCUUCGUGUCCCCCUCCCCUGCGGGGGCCGGGGGGAGGACCAGCGCCGAGGGACGCCCCGAAACCUCUCCCCUGUCCCCUCUGCCUUGUUCCCCCCCCCCCGCCCCUCCCCGGCUGCCUGGCUCUGUCCCUCCCCUCUCCAGCUGGCAACUGGGACAAACUGGGGACAAGGAGCAGGCUGGGGCGGCGGGCUCUGCCUGUUGCUGGCAGCAGGCAGCAGAACCUCUGCCUGCGCUCUGCCUGCACGUGCGGAGAGCCCCCACAGUGGCCGUUUGUGUGCCCCCCCCCGGCCUGUUGGCCCCAGGGGGGAUUGAUUUUUGUUUUCCAGCGCCAUGCCGGUUUUGUGGUUUUUCUCCCCGUCCCCACUCAGCUGCCGGUGGGGUGCGGACCCCCUCUGGGGUGGGGGGCAGCCCCCCCGGGACUCGUGGUGCGUGUGGGGUCCCCCCCAGAGCACGCAGCCCCCCCUCCCCCCCCCUGCUUACGGAUGAUUCUGGCACAACUCGGUGUAAUUUCUGUGACUUCUGUAUUUUUUAAACUUCAAUAUAACGGUCAUAUUCCCUGUGUAGCUUUUGGGUUUCUUGAAAUAAACAUCUACCGCAGCA